AUGGGAAACGGAGGCUCCAAACCUCAGACGAGUGGUGUUCGCCUGUUGAACGAUCGCCUCUUGAAUGCAAUGCCAUACACACAAGCAGCCCAACGGAUAUUCAAGCAAAACCGUACAGCCUGUCCACUCCUCAACCUUCCGUCCGAGAUACAAAGCCGCAUUUUCGCAGAAGCAUUAGGUGGCUAUCUCAUCAUGUUUAGUGUAAGAAGAACCGCCCAGCGAGGACCAAUUCCGCUGUCGUUCGAUGAGGUGGAUGGUGGUUUAAGAGCCAUUCUCAUGAUCAAGGUAUCGGCCUUGAACUGCAGGUAUAGGACCUCCAUAUCGAGCCCUUUCGUCUCCCUUCAACAAACCUGCCGACAAAUCUACAUGCAAACCGCUCUUGUUCCGUUUUCUCAUAUCAACGACUUUUGGUUCUCUGAAGAUCUUGCCUUGCGCAUGAUGUCAUGGCGGAUGAAGUCAGUACACUUCCGUUCCAUCGCCAAGGUUGUCUUUACGGUUCGCGAGAAGGUGGGAGAACCGUCAGAGUUUGGAGGUUUUGACUUGGAAAGACUCAGUAGCUUGUCACUGCUCCAAGGGUUAAAGCAUGUCCAAGUCUUGAUACAUUUCGCCGGUGGUGACCGGUGUAGAAAUGCUGUGAUUAUGCCUGAAUGGGUAAGAGAUGAUGCACUACAACGGAUCGGGCAGUCUUUGGGGAGGGAAAUCAAAGCCGCAGCACCAAAGGGUGUCAAGCUAAUUUUUGAGAUGAGAGAGCAGGAAGCACAGGAGUGGGUAGAUCCAGAGGAUUUGAAGAGGCGGAAAGAAGUUAUCAAGGCAAUGAUUGAGACAUAG